AUGCCGAGGUAUUCUCAACAACAGCCAGCAACAAUGUGGACACAUAGUAUAUCAUCCUUUCCCUGUAUUGCCAUCUGGAUAGUAGUAUUUACAGCUUCGCAGGUGCCGGCCGAGGCUUGCAACAUGCUGACCGAGGGAUGGAUGCCCACAUCGCUGGAGAACCGUACGGUCAUGGCCCAGGUGGUCAUCGCCGGGACGGUGGUUCGCCUCCGGGACCGGGCCUUGACACCGCCCGGCGGGAGUGGCGUUUACUCGGCCGAGGUGCGAGUCGACGAGGUCUACAAGGGCUACCCGUUCUUCAACCAGGCCAGCGCGUUGUCGUACCCAGACCCCGGGGACAAAGUGUACCUCAUCCGGGGGUUUGGGUCGAGAGAGAGAUGCCUGGCCCAAGUGAGCCAGGGGAAGAAGUACAUUAUAUUUCUGACUGCGGUGCCCGUGACGGGAGGCCGGGAGGAGGAUGGAGUGAGGCUCAUCGCACGGUACGAUGACAUCUUCGGUGCCGCAGUGGAAUUUGACGCCGAGCAGGAAAGAAAGAUACACAAUGUAGUGGGUUGGAGGUCGUGGGCUCCCUGGUCCCCGUGCCCCGUCUCAUGUGGAGACGGCAUUCAGACAAGACGUAGAAUGUGCGUCCAAGACGUGCCGGAUGCCUGCGAAGGAGCGGCCGAGCAGAACAGGCACUGCAACCUUUUCGAGUGCUCAGAUGUAAAAGAUCUGUUGCAGUACAUGUCCCUGUCUUCGUUCCCUGCCGGUGUGCGUCGAUCACCCCGUCGUUGGAGAGCCUUCCACGUCUCACAAGACGCCGUCCUGAAGGUCCCAAUCUCCCGCGUCUAUCCCGAAGGCUUUCCGGAAGAAUUCUCCAUCCUCCUGGUGGUCAAGCCGCCUCGCUACUUCGCCAGCAAUCUCAACGGUUACCUCUACGCCGUGUUGAUCACCGGACCGGACGGGGAAGUCCAGCUCGGGGUCCAGCUGAGCUCGUCACCCGCGCUCGUCUUCAGCCGACAGGAUGCUGUGACCGGGAAGAUGCGACCGGACGCAGUGAGCUUCUCCGGGUACUCGGUCCUGGAGAGGAAGUGGCACAUGUUGGCCUUUAGCGUGAGGAGGGAUUCGGUGACGAUGUUCGCGGAUUGCACCAGGGAGUUCGGGGUGGAGCUGGAGGACGGUCAGGCGAUCAGAGUCAACGGACCGGGGGAUAUUUCCAUCGGGAACUCCAAGCCUAACAUGAUCGACAUGUACUUUGAGGGAGAUAUUGAGCAACUGGCAUUGAUCAACGACCCGGAUGCAGCAGCCUUGCAAUGUGCAAUGCCCAUGGGAACGUUUGCCUCUGAAUCGACAUGGACCGCGUUGAACAUCACGGACGAUCUACAGAAAGAUACUGACAGUCAUCUCACCCUCCCCGUUCUUAACAGCGGAACGACGGCCAAACCCAGGCCGAAGGGCCCCGGUAAAGAAUCGCACGCACCAAUCGCAUUGGACGACCCACCGACCACGCCGACCCUCCAUCGGCCCGAUGAGAGCGGAUCUACCAAUGAUGAGCAGCCUUACAACGGAGCCGUCCCUGAAAACGUGUUCCCAUUGCUGACAGAGCAUACUAUUGGUCCGCAGACAACCACGGCGGUGCCAUUUUACAAUGAAAACUUUUUCGAUGUCGAUAUUGACGUCAUCGACUGGGCUCCGGAUUACAGCAAAUAUCCGUCAUCGAUUCCGUUACCAGACAAGGACAUCAACUACAAAGAAGGCAAUGAAAUAUUCUACGUACAUCCGCCAGGGUCGCCGAGUCGUCCUACUUCACCGUCAAAAAUACCAGGCCCAACAAAUCCCUCGAAUGAAGACAAUAAUCUUAGAACUAAAGCACCACCGAAUUCGAUCAUUGCGACUACCACUCCCUUAGUGCCACCAUCAACUACGACUCAAAUCACGACAGUUCCCACGACAGUUCCCACGACAGAACCGACGACACUGCCCCGAUUGGAGCCGACGACAAAACCCACGACAACGACUAUCGCGAUCCUGGAGGAAGCAACCACGACGGUACCGUCGAUUGCGACGACCGUGGACACCCUGAGGCGUGAGAGUGCGUACCGGCCGGAAGACGGAGACGCCGGUCGGCAUGUCUCUGCAUUCAGGGGGAACCCCGGGGUGCAGAUCGAGGCCGACAAAGAUGCAAACUGGUCUACUUGGAGUACAUGUAGCAGAACGUGUGGCACUGGUACCCGCUACCGCUUCACGCGCUGUCGACCUGACUCCAGACUACGGGACUGUAAAACAGGACGGGGGAUCGCUGCCCAGACUGUCACGUGCAAACUGGAUAACUGCAAUGUACCUGCGUUGAAGUGGUCAGCAUGGAGCAUGUGCAGUCGAACCUGCGGUGACGGAGUGGAGAUGAGGAUGGCCUAUUGCUACGACAACAACGUACCCGGAUGUGAGAGCGGACAGAAAAUAGUCGUCGAGAGAAAUCUAUGCCGAAAUCGACAUUGCUUUGAUGUCUGCAAACCAAGCUGCAAAAAUGGCGGCUUCUGUCGUUCGGACGGCCAUUGCGCAUGCCAAGCAGGAUUUGUUGGUGCUAGCUGUGAAACAGAGUUGUGCAGUCGUGCCUGCCAGCACGGGGGCCAGUGUGUCGCCAAAGACUACUGCCUGUGCCCCGCUGGUACCGCUCCACCAACAUGCACCCCUGUGUGUGACAUACGCUGCCGCAAUGGGGGAACUUGUGUGGCACCCAAUCAGUGCGAAUGCCCACCUGCGUUCACGGGCUCAUUCUGCGGGAGAGCUGCUUGCAUUCGGCCAUGUCAAAAUGGCGGCACUUGCACUGGUCCCGAUCAAUGUUCUUGCCCGGCGGGGUACCAGGGUCGACAAUGUGAGAGUCCCUUUUGCACCCGGGCUUGCGAGAAUGGUGGAACCUGCAUCAGGCCAGAUUUCUGUCGAUGCCCAACGGCCUAUAGAGGGCUCACUUGUCAAAUAGCUUAUUGUCGUGUGACAUGCCGUAAUGGUGGGAGAUGUACCGGACCAGAUAAAUGCACUUGUAUGGCAGGCUUUUCUGGGUCUUUCUGCCAGAAACGAAGACCACGUAAACCCAUUAUAAGGCCACAAGUUAACCCAGCAAUUGCGCCAUACCCGUCCAACUUUGCCCGCACGAAAUCUGCUCACAGUCAAAGACGCCAAUGCAAAUUGAAAUCUACAUUAAUCAGCUACCAGCGGAGCUACGUCAAACCAGUCGCCAGAACCGUACAGGUACAAUGCGGCUAUUGGACACAGCAGCUAUGCACACAGACCAGGAUGGGUUACGAGACUGCCUAUAGAACCUUCUACAGAGCGACGUACAGACGGGAGUGUUUAUCAAUCGCCAGAACACGAUGAAGUAGGCAGCAUACAGCUUCACAAAAAGCAUGAUGUGAUUGCAUGGUAGACAAUUGGUCAACAAUAAAUAAUUUAAUGUAAAACAACAAUAAAUUUUGCGAGAAAACUUUUUUUUUUAAAUCUCCGUAAGGAACUGUUUUAAAUUGGUGCUUGCGAUUUCUCCGUUGCCACUUGGGCUCUUUCUGGUGGCUGAUGAAGGGUUAUUGAAAAAGUUGUAAUUUAUAAAAUAAAUCCACAGUUGACCAACUGUGAUCCACGGUUGAAUUAAAGCAAAACAACAAUAAUUCCAACAAUAACGGAAAACUGUUUUUUUAUCUCCACUUGGAAUGGUUUUACUUUGUUGCUUACGCUUUCUCAGUUGUCAGCUGGGUUCUUUGGUUCUGUUGUGAUGAGGGUCACUGACAACCUUUUAUUUAUUAUAUAAUGAUUUCAAAAAUAAACCUCAAAAGAAAAUAACUGACUGGGUAGAUUUUAAAAGAUUUGUUUUAAAAAAGUAUUUUUUAAUGAUGUUGGGUUCUUGAAAUAAUAAUUCACAAACAAACAAAACUUACAGAAUCCUGCAAUGUUUUGUGUGUUUUGUGCUUGAAGAAAACAGAGUUGUAGUCGGUGAUAAUUCAUAUUUUUCCCCAAACUGCUUCUUAAAAUUUUAAUGAUUUUAUUCACAGAAUGAGCGUGUUUUUAUUUGGUGGAUGAAAGCAGCUAUGCUUUUAAAAAUUACAACAUAUUGUAUAACAAAUUAAUAAAUAAAAUAUUGCUUUUUCUUUGUAUUGAUAUCUUUUUGGCUGAUUUUUCGAUGUGUGUAUAUAAAUAUUUAUAAAUGAAGGAUGUCAAUGCUGCAAGCGUGUUCAGUUCUUAGUAGAAUAUAGUAUUAAUAUCAUUACUUUUUUACUCUUGGUGUGGUUAGUCUUACCAAAACUGAAGGGUCAACCGGACCAGAUUAGGGUCAGUGUGAACCAUAUUUAAAACAACUCGGCGCCAGUCUUCUUUUCUCAAGACUAAGGAUUGUCUAACUUAUGUUCAUGGUCACUUUAAUCGGAUUGAGGGUCAACCCAGGUUAGGGGUUGACUGAGAUUGAACGUCAGGGUCAGUUUAACCCGCCCUGAGGGUCAGUUUCAAUUCAAGGUUAAGGAAGAGCCAGGCUUACCCACCGAUUCAAUGUUAUUCUAACCCAAUUAUAAGGUCAGUCUGAUCCACGGGGCCCUGUUCUGGGUAUGUAUAGCCCAUAUUGUGUCGGUCAACCGCAUGAUAAUGAGUAGGGCCUAAUACUAAUAGAUUGGGGUUAGAGUUACCCAGAUCAAGGGUUGAAGUUACCCCAGAUUAUCGGUUGGAGUAUAAGCCGAAUCAAUCUAGGUUUAGGGUAACCCAGAUUAACGGUCGCAAUAGAACUUUCUAUAACCCAUUUUUGGGAUCAGUCUAGCCCACUUUCAAGAAAGACAGAUAAACAUUUAUUUGUUUUGUAUUCUCGAUACGUAUACUGCGUGACAUAGAAAAGGCCUGCGAGGAAGACGUGUUAUUGUGAACCACACCAAAAGUUGGCUUUUAACAAUCCUUGCCAUAGGCUGUUCUAAAGCGUGUUUACGCACCAUCUUGGGCGUCUAGUGUGACGUCACAUCACUUUGGCAGCUUCUUAAAAUAUUUCUGUAACCUAUUUUAGGGCAUGUAAAAAAGCUUAGAUAAUGUAAAUUAAAGCUGUUGUUACUUAUAGUGUAAGUAUAGAUAAGGUGUAGUUUAUACACUGGUUACAGCAUCAAUCACAUUUUGAAGGCUUUUCAUUUUUUAUGUCUUGCGCCAGUGAACCUGUUUUUUAUCACAGAAGGAUGCCUGGGUUCACAACAUUUUGUUGUAUAUUAUAAAACUACACAAACUUCAUAUUUUGCAUGCUAAAAAGGUUCAUCCCGUCGAGCGAUGAAAAGCAAAACAAACAAUUGUAUUAUAGAUGGUUUUUUUUUAGGGUAUAAACUGUAACUUUACAUAAACAUGUGCAAAUAAAGACGACAAUUGUCAAUGUGCCAUUGCAAUGA